UCAAUUUAAUCUUAACCAAUAAUUGGAAUUUUAAAUUUACAACUGUUAAUUUCCGUUUUAAUUUGUAUUUUUUAAUUUGAUUUGAUUUCGUUUUCAUUUUGAUUGCAUCCCUGAAUCAUCAUUUCUUCAAAUUACCUUUUAUCGAAGUUUAGCUGCCUGAGGUUAUUUAAACUUCCAGGAUUUAGUCAAUCAUCAUCCUUAUUAACCGCACCAUCUUUGCUCACCUUUGGUUGUGUUUCAAUUGUUUCUCAACGAAUCAUGUCAAGUACCGAAGUCAUUGAUUCUUUCCCUAGUGUUGCAUUGUUGCCGAAGAAGGAAACAACAGCUCUAUCAUUUAUCAAUCGUUAUCCUGAAUAUGAUGGACGUGGUGUUGUCAUCGCAAUAUUUGAUACUGGAGUUGAUCCAGGAGCUGCAGGGUUACAAGUUACAACCGAUGGAAAACCUAAGAUUAUUGAUAUAAUCUCUGCAACGGGAGAUCAUAAUGUCGAUACUUCAAAGGUUGUCUCCAUUGAUAACGAGACUAAUACAAUUACUGGUUUAACUGGAAGGAAACUCAAGAUUCCUAAAUCAUGGUCUAAUCCAACAGGUAAAUGGCAUGUUGGAUUUAAACAAGGUUACGAGCUCUAUCCAGCAUCGGUGGCAAAUCGAAUAAAAAAAGAAUAUCUAUUGAACAACAUUAUGCCCGAUCUUCGAGAUGUUAAAGCUUCCAGUUUGCGAAGUCUUCAAGAUUUUGAGGCCAAAGAAAAGGCAGAAAAAUCAAAAACAUCUUCAUCACCCAAAGAAUCAGUUGAAUCAACCCCAGCCUCAGGAGACGAAGCCAAGGAAUUAGAUGUCAUCUUUGAUAAAUCAUUUGAAUCACAAUUACAAAAAGAUGACCUCCAGGCUAAGGUUGAUGCUGUUUCAAUGGAAGAAAACUUUGUUGACCCUGGGCCAACUUACGAUUGUAUUGUUUUCCAUGAUGGUGAAAUGUGGAGAGCUUGUAUUGAUACCACAAUAAAUGGUGAUCUUGAAAAUUGUCAUGUUCUUGGACCUUACAAAGAUACACUUAAUUACGCUACUCUCAGUGAAAGAGAUCAACUUAAUUACAGUGUAAAUAUUUACGACGAAGGAAAUUUAUUGGAAAUAAACUGUAUAUCAGGUGAUCAUGGUACUCAUGUUGCCUCAAUCGCUGCAUCUAAUUUUCCUGAUGAACCUGAGAAAAAUGGAAUCGCCCCUGGAGCUCAAUUAAUUUCGGUUAACAUUGGAAACAAUCGUCUUGGUGGUGGAAUGGAAACUAGCACUUCGAUUAUCAAAGCUUGUAUAAGAGCAGUCGAAGCUAAAGUCGAUGUGAUUAAUAUGAGUUUUGGUGAACCUAUUGCUUGGGGAGGAGGUCGAGUACAUGAUUUUAUGAAUGAAAUGGCCGAAAAACAUGGAAUCAUAUUCGUCUCCUCUUCAGGAAAUGAAGGUCCUAGUCCUACAACAGUUGGAUCAUCGUCACUACCAAAUUCCGUUAUUAAUAUCGGUGCUUAUGUUAGUCCUGAGAUGAUGGAAGCCGAAUAUUCAACCCGAGAAAAAAUUCCAGGGAGAAUAUUAACUUUCUCUUCAAAAGAUCCAAACAUUGAAGGCGGUAUGUCGACGACAAUUUGUGCACCAGGAGCUGCAAUCGCUUCUAUUUCAAAAACAUCGUUAUCAAAAAGCGCUUUAUUCAAUGGUACAUCAAUGUCAGCUCCAAAUGCUGCCGGUGGAGUUGCUUUAAUACUCUCGGGAUUGAAGCACAGAAAUUUACCUUAUUCACCUUUCUCAGUUCGUCGCUCGUUGGAAAACACAGCACUUAAACCUCCAACCUAUGAUCCUUUCGCAAUGGGAAAUGGCCUAAUGCAAGUUGACGCUGCUUUUGAACACGCGGUUAAAUUCACCGAUUCCAUCGAGCGUGAUGUGAGAUUCGUCAUAAAUUGUGGCCCCAAUAAACACGGCAUUUAUUUAAGAGAGGAGGCUGAUCUUGUCCGUCCAACUGUAUUCCCAAUCUCAAUUGAACCCUCUUGGUUGGAUCAUUUAAAUUACGAUAAUACAGCUAAAGCUGAUUUUGAGAUGAAAUUAAGUCUCACCUGUGAAGCACCAUGGGUCCAAAUUCCAAGUCAUUUAUUAUUAACUUCUUAUACCAGAAAUAUUGCCGUUAAAGUUGAUCCAACCGGACUUUCACCUGGAUCACACUUCACCCAAAUAAGAGCUUACGAUUCAUCAAAGCCUGAAAAAGGUUUCGUUUUUCAAAUACCAAUCACAGUAUUUAAACCAACGGAACUUGAUAGUAAACGAUCAAUACCUUGGCAAACUAUUGACCUUAAACCAGGAGUAUCUCACUGUACACAUAUCAUUCCACCUGUUGGAUCAUCUGUUGCGAUUGUUAAAGUUAAAAAUGUCGGUACCAAUACGACUGGAACAACAAUCAUAAAUUUGCGACAAUUAAUUCCACAAGCUUGGGGAAAUAGUUCGAAAAGAGAUGUCACAAUAAACCCUGGAGUUGAAAAGUCUGUUGCUUUUCCUAUUGAUUAUCAUCGGUCAGUUGAUUUGUCAAUAACCAAAUGGUGGUCAAGUCUAGGAGAUGCGACAAUAAGUUAUUCAAUUGAAUUUGCUGGAGCUCAAUUGGACACUUCUGAAAUUACAAUGUUAGCCAGUAAAGGUUAUCACAAAUUUUCAAUCUUCGGAACUGCACCACUUGAUUUUAUUAUGCCAAAAGUUUCCUUGACCCAUGUGGUUUCACCUCUCAAACCAAUUGAUGAAAUAAUAUCACCAUUAACCAAACAAGACAUUUUACCUGGAGGUCGACAAAUCUAUGAGUUACUAUUGACUUACAAUUUCAAUCUUCCCAAAGCCGCUGAGGUUACCUGUGUGUACCCUUUUCUAGACACUUUAUUGUAUGAAAAUGAAUAUGAUGAUAAUAUGUGGCAAAUAUUCAAUUCGAAUAAACAAUUUAUGAUGGCUGGAGGAGCUGUUACUCGUCGAAAUGUUCAUAAUUUUGAUCGAUAUAGUAAAAAAUUGGAGAAAGGUGAUUACACAAUUAAGCUGCAGAUUCGCCACAAUGAUUCAACUUUCCUGAAGAAGCUCAUUAAAACACCAGUUCACUUGGUCAGUAAAUUAGCAUCAACUGCAAGUCUUGAUAUUUACGCUACUUACCGAGAGCUCAUACUUGAUGGUAAACAGUUUGGUACUCGACAAAUCUCUGAGAAGCAGCAAUUAAACGCUUAUGUUAAAUCAUUUAACAGUGAAAAGCUUCCCAAGAAUCUACCCAAUUCACCGGGAUCAUUUCUCUGUGGAUUUAUUUGUCUUGCCAAAGAAGAGAAUAGAAAGAAAUGUGAAGAGUAUCCAUUCUUUUACAUCCUGGACGGAGAACCUCCAAAAAAAGUGACCACUGCAAAAGAUGGAGAAGAGAAAACACCAGAAGAGCAAUAUCAAGAAGCUCUGAUUGAUUUCAAAGCUCUUUGGAUUGCAAAGCUACAAGGAUAUGAAUCUUUGCUCGCUGAUGUUAGUGAUCUCAAACCUGACAAAAAGCAAUUAAUGAUUGUCGCUCAACUUCAAGCUCUCAAUUUGGUUAAAGAUGAAUCAGCCAAGCAACAUGAGAAAAUUAUCAACCUUGCCAAUGAGAUAAUAAGUGUCCAAAAUACUGAUGAUUUCUGUGGAUCGUUACUUUUUGCCAAAAAUUUAGCCAAAAUGUUCAACGAAGAGCAAAACAAGAAAGACGAAAAUCUGAAAAAUUUGGAGAAACAGAAAGAUCGCCUCUGUGAAGCACUUUAUUAUAAAGGACUGUCCAUCCUAUCGCUAAUCAAAUCAGAUCAAAAAUCUGAAUCUAAAUCAACUGCUGCCGAAUCAUCUGCACCAGUUAAUGGUGGGAAUUCAAACCAAUCGAGUGGGAACCCGAUAACAAUUAAACCCAAUCCAAAAUACUCGUUACAACAAGUAGACGAGAUAAUUUUUGAUCUGAAAAAAUUGGAUGAAAUCAAUAACAGCAAAUGGCAUAAACUUGUCUAUCAACAUGCAAUCGUUAAAGGUCAAUAUGGUCGUGCAUUAAAAGCCGUUCAGAAGCAAUUGGAAUCGAAACAAACCAAGGAACUUUACGAACAAUUGAUUGAGUCUUACGAUCGAUUGGGCUGGAAAUUUGCCGCUCAACACACAAGGAAAUCUCUUAAUGUACUUUUCCCUCCAGGAUACAGACCUUUUUGAUUAACCAAAUCAACAAUUUCUAAAUUUUCAUAAGCAAAAUCUUUGAUUUAAUUCACAAUUCUAACCAGAAACUAAUAGUAUGAAAUCAAAACUUUCGUGUUAAUUGAUAUUUCAGAUUUAAUUACUCUAAUAAAAAACUUCUCAAUUCAAAUAAUAA